UGUGCGUCUCUUUUACAUCGCCUCCAUCAGGUCUGGUUUUCUCUUUUAGGUUGAAACUUGUGGGUCUGUAGCAAUUCAAUAUGCCUGAAAACAAGCCUGUAAUUGGGCUUUCAUGGGAACCAAAGUUACCUCAAUUAUCAUUUGGGACCAAAAAGAGCUCCAAUGAGGUGCCCGGGGCCAGUGCAGUAUACAAACCUAGUUCAGAGCUCAUGGACGGCCUAUUUGUUCCGCCCAAUGAUCCCAAAAAGGUGAACAAGCUUCUACGAAAACAAAUCAAGGAUACAACUGGCAAAAAUUGGUUUGAUAUGCCUGCCCCAACGAUUACUCCAGAGCUGAAAAGGGAUCUCCAGUUGUUAAAGUUAAGGGGUGCCAUGGAUCCAAAAAGGCAUUACAAGAAGAGUGGAUCAAAAUCAAAAACAUUACCUAAAUAUUUCCAGGUCGGCACAGUAAUAGAGCCAGCAUCUGAAUACUACUCUGGUAGACUGACUAAGAAGGAGAGAAAGACAACACUUACUGAGGAGCUACUUUCUGACCGUAAACUUGGGGAGUACAGGAAACGCAAAGUUCGCGAGAUUGAAGAACGCAAUCGGCCAGGUGGAGUUGACAAAUGGAAGAAUAGAGGUCCACAGUCAAGGAAGCGUGCAAAGCAAAGAAGGCAUUGAAGCUAUAGUGUUCAUGAAGCGUUUCUUACCAGUUUUCUGUCUGACCAGUCGAAGAGCAUUGAAAUCUUCUAUGAGAGGUGUACCUGCCAUUCUGGGAAAACUAUUGGGAUGUGCCAUAAACAAAGCAGGUUUCACAGAACAUCUACAAAUCCUUGAUGCUAAUUACACCGGCAUACUUCUAAUACGUGUUUCUAGCACUCCAACAAAAAUAGUUGUCAUCAAUUUUGAACUGUGUUGCUGAUGAUCGUCAUAUAUAUUUGCCUUCUCAUGGCGUAUUCUAUUCUUAUUGUUCUGAUAUCAAAAUAUUAGAAUGUUAGGUUGUA